AUGGGCAUCAUCAUGGGUGCUGAGUAUGUCUUGUCAACUUCAGAUUACACACCUAAAGAGACUCCAAUCCCUCCCCUACCUGAUGCUUCAUUCUUUAGUGAUGCUCAAUGGGAGACUCUUUUUUCUCUCACUGAUACAAUUAUACCCUCAAUCCGAACUUCUGCCAAGUGGAGUAAUAACGACAAAAUAAUAUCUCCCUCGAAAUGGGACUCUGCCAUCUCACGACUGACCUCGUUGAUGCCAGGUCCUAAUGCUGCUGAGACUGCGAAACAGUACUUGCAAGAGAAUGUUUCCUUCAAUCCCGUUUUCCGCGCUCAUGUUCAGCGAAUAUUGGGAGAUAAUGUUCACGAAGAAGGAAGGAAAGGGCUUGGGUUUAUUCUGAAUGCACUCAAUUCCCGAGCUGGAUCGUUCCUUGCUACCGGCUCCAUCACCCCAAUCCACCUACAAUCUCUAGAAUUUCGGGAAAAGGUGUUUCAGGGGUGGGACACUUCUCGAUGGUCCGCUCUUCGUGCAGUUUACCGAGCGUUGACUGGCAUUGCGAAGAAAUCAUGGGUUAUGUCAAGUCCAACCAUCAAUCAGGUUCUCGGCUUCCCACACAUCCCUAUCCAUGGAAAGCCUGCCGAUAGUUUCCCGUACAAGUUCCUUCAGAUUCCGCCUGGUAACGACGUGGACAUUAUCCUUGCUGAUAUUGUUAUAGUGGGAAGCGGGUGUGGUGCUGGUAUCACUGCAAAGAAUCUCGCCGAAGCCGGUCUUCGGGUAAUUGUGGUUGAGAAAUCCUACUCAUACACAUCCGCUCAUUUUCCAAUGCGAGCUAAUGAAGCUGGGAUUAAUAUGUUUGAGAACGGAGGUGCCAUUAACAGCGAUGACGGGUCUAUGAUGGUCAUUGCAGGUUCCACGUUCGGUGGCGGUGGCACUGUGAACUGGUCGGCUUCCCUUCAGACACAGGCAUAUGUUCGCCAGGAAUGGGCCGAUACGGGUUUGCCAUUUUUCACCUCAUCUGAGUUCCAAAGAAGUCUUGAUCGAGUAUGCAAUCGUAUGGGCGUCAAUACUGGAAAGAUCAAGCAUAGUCGUGGUAAUAAUGUUAUUCGGCAGGGCGCACAUAAAUUAGGUUAUGCUGCUAGAGCUGUCCCACAGAACACUGGGAAUGCUGGUCAUUAUUGUGGACACUGCACUUAUGGGUGCGCAUCAUGCGGCAAGAAAGGUCCUGCUGAGUCAUUCCUAGCGGAUGCUGCUAAGGCUGGAACAGUCUUUAUAGAAGGAUAUCAAGCAGACAAGAUCCUCUUCGAUAAGUCUAUGGUGCCAAUAGGCGUUGAAGGUACUUGGAAAUCGCGUGACUCGUAUCUAGGAAAUACGGGUAGCGGAUGUACGCAGCGCAAAGUGAUCAUCAAGGCUCCAAGGGUUGUUGUCUCUUGUGGAGCAUUACAAAGCCCUCUACUGCUGUUGCGCAGUGGCCUUAAGAACGAUCAAAUUGGGAAAAACCUGCACCUUCAUCCGUGCAUGGUCAGCAGCGCAGUGUUUGAGGAAACAAUUCGACCAUGGGAAGGAGCGGCAUUGACAGCAAUAGUCAACGAAUUCGAGAACCUGGAUGGACAUGGUCACGGAGUGAAGAUCGAGGCCCUAUCAAUGAUGCCUUCCUUUUUCCUCCCCUUAUUCCCAUGGCGAGACGGGCUGGAUUACAAGCUUUGGGCAGCUGCCAUGAGCCACAGUACCAGCUUCAUUACUCUGACAAGAGACCGGGACGGCGGAAGAGUAUAUCCAGAUCCAACUGAUGGACGCUGCCGCAUCGAAUACACCGUGUCCCCCUUUGACCGUCGACACAUCGUGACGGCAAUGAUUGCUUGCGCCAAGAUUGCGUAUAUCACAGGUGCCAAGGAGUUCCACACAGGAUAUCGUGAUAUACCUCCAUACAUCCGACCGGACAAUUUCGAUCCUUUAAAAGGAAUCAAUGAGCCUUCAUUACAAGAUUGGAUUUCUGAUCUGCGCCGCAAAUCACCUCUUAACCCGGAGCGAGCCGUCUUUGCCAGUGCUCACCAAAUGGGAACUUGUCGUAUGGGCACGUCACCUAAGACGAGUGUGGUUGACCCUAGCUGUCAGGUGUGGGGAACAGAAGGGCUGUACGUCUUGGAUACAUCUGUGUUCCCAAGCUCCAGUGGCGUCAAUCCGAUGGUUACUACUAUGGCCAUCGCUGACUGGGCUAGUCGAAAUAUUGCUCACAGUCUGGGCAAGAGCUGUAGUGAAGGAAAGGGGUUCUCACGACUGUAG